AUGACGCCGAGCAGCUCGAGUUCAACUGAGCCGCGCAGUUCACUGGACAGUGAGACGAAUACAUCGCCGCCAUCCACUCCGAAGUUAGCCCCUUCCACUAAUGGACAUACGGAUGGCGACUCGCAGGCGCAGGUGCAGAUCCAGGCGUUGAAGGAGCUGCUGCAGCGGACGACGGAAGAGAAGGAGACAUUGGCCACGCAAUACAACAACCUGCUUGCGAAAUUAACGGCAAUGCGUACGACUUUGGGGAACAAACUCAAGCAAGAUGCGGAAGAACUAGAUCGAAGGGAGCAACUAUUGCAGCAACUUACGGCGCAGAACGAAGACUUGACUUCGACCGUAGAAACUCUCAAGGAAGAGCUGGUCGCAUCGAAUCACGAAGCGGAACGUGCUCACUCUGAGCUGGACCACGUACGAAGUCGGACCCUCCUUGAAAGUACCCAAGAGUCUAUGCUUCGCGAGCGCGAACUCCGGGAGGCGCAGACAGAACUUGAAAGGUGUCGGAUGGAGCGUGACGAAUGGGAACGUACUGCACAACAAGAGAGGCUAGCGGCAGAGGAGUCUAGAGCAUAUGAAAGGGACUUGGAACACGAACGGGAUAAUUCAGAGAGGCUCUACGCUGAAUUGGAGGCUGAGAAAGAGAAAUCCGCAAAUUUGCAGUCUGUCCUGCAGGAUUUCCAGGCUGCCAAGGACCACGAACUCCGCCAAGCUGUCAAGGAGCUCGAAGCGCAACUCACGCAGACGACGCAAGCACUGGCCGAGUUCAAGAGCAGAGCGUUGAAUGCAGAGCUUCAAUUAGAAGAGACACAAUCAUCAUCAUCUCGUGUCCACGACCUCGAGAAAGAGGUAAAGGAGAAGAACCUUCUCAUUGGGAAGCUACGGCACGAGGCUGUCAUCAUCAAUGAGCAUCUGAUGGAGGCUUUGCGGCGGCUCAGAAGGAAUUCAUCAGAAGUCAACGUUGAUAGACGGCUCGUCUCCAACGUGCUGCUUUCUUUCCUCACAACCCCCAGAGGAGAUGCCAAGCGCUUCGAGAUGCUUGGUCUUCUUGCGACAGUUCUUUCUUGGUCCGAUGCCGAACGAGAGAAAGCGGGCCUACAGCGGACCAACACUCCAGUUAGUGGGUCGGGGAUGUUAUGGGGUAGAUCACCAACUCCCGCACCCAAAGCCGAGCUUGAGAAAAGUGAUGAGACAGAGUCAUUCUCCCGCCUAUGGGUAGAAUUCCUACUCACGGAAUCAUCCGCUGGCGCCGAUAACACACCUCCGCCGAAAAACGCAUCUCUCCCGGGUAGCCCCACAGUUGCUUCUCAUGGCCUCUCUCCAUCUCUUAAAAGCACCCGGCGUAUUGUAUCAUCUUCUUCAUCCCCAAUGACAAGCUCGCCUAACCUAACACUGGGCCCGCCGCCGUCAAGAAAAGGAAAGGAAAAAGAGAUUACUACGUAG